AUGUUGGAGAUAAACAAAAGUCUAGAGCUCACGACCACCCCCUCAGAGGUCACUGUACCCAUACCAAGAUCCAGCAUCGAUGCAAGACGAGCAGAGGCAGAGCGAGAAUUAAGACGAGCAGUGGAAAUUGGAAAUCAAAGAAGGAUCAAACGAAAUCGAACGAGGACCCUUCGCAGAAGCGACUACCACGCAAUUCUACAAUACGUUGCCCCGAAAGAGACGCCGACGCUCGAAAUUUGCCAGUCGCACAGUGAAUGCAAGGUUCUCGAGCCCUAUAUCACGAGCAAAUACCGGGUGUGCCUCUUCGCUACAAGACCUAGAUACUACCACCCCGAGUGCUUCGAGGACAGAUACGACGUCACAUGCAUGAUCCCGAAUCAUUUCAAGGUGGAGGAUCCCGAGACGUGUGGGCUCAUGGCGCAAAAGUGGUUUCAACACAAUAGGCUUGUCAAGUUGGAUGUCAUCGCCGAGUACAUUAUGCAAGACUACCUUUAUCAACUUGGCAUGUUGGAGGAUCAGCCGAUGCCUGAGUUGAAGGACUACACGACAGAAACGAGAGAUAGAUGUAGUCUCAAGGAUCUGGUGGACAGUAUGACGCGACUGCUUUCGCUUGAGGUUGGGGUGCUUCCUGGAAAUGAGCAUGUAUAG